AUGGGGAGGAUUAGACGAUGUAAGAAAGGAAUUCAAGAAGAAACGGUUUUUGUUCGUCUCGUCGAUGGGAGAUAUCCUUGGGAGGGCAAGGUGGAAGUAUUCAAAGAUGGUUCCUGGGGAACCGUGUGCGACAAUAACUGGGACAUGGAUGAUGCCAAUGUGGUCUGCAGAAGUCUAGGACUAGGUGAGGCUGUUGAGGUAUCCACCUUCAAGGAUUGCUGUUUCCAGGACUACCAGGAUGUUGACGAGGGAUUGAAUGACAUUUUCUUGGACGAAGUAGAGUGUCUUGGAAACGAAUCUAUCCUGCUUGAUUGUCCUCAUUCUGGUUUUGGAGUUUACAACUGCAACCACACACAGGAUGCAACAGUAAAAUGCGAAACUGGGAUUCGCCUAGUUGGUGGAAGCAACAACCUUGAGGGUCGGGUUGAAGUGUUCUACGAUGGUUCCUGGGGUACGGUUUGCAGUCACCACUUCGAUAUCAUCGAUGCUCACGUAGUCUGCAAGAGUCUCGGUCACACCUUCGCACUGAGUGCGUCAUCGUACGCAGACUUCGGGCAGGGAAAAGGCGAUAUCGUCUUGGAUGGUCUCCACUGCACCGGUGGCGAAUCGAAUAUUUACGAAUGCGAAAGUGAUGAUACGAAUUUCUUCAAAUGCUUUCAUCAAAUGGACGCGGGAGUCACUUGUUCACCAGAAGAUUACGCCGUCUUCCUCGUCAACGGGAGCACGUAUCUAGAGGGUCGGGUGACGGUUGCUUAUCAAGGCUACCUAGGUACUGUCUGCGACACCUCUUGGGAUCUAAAGAAUGCUAAUGUCAUCUGUAAAAGUCUAGGUUUCGGACACGCCGUGAGCAUCAAUGACUUUGGUCCAGGGAUCGGAGACAUCAUCCUCGACGACAUUCAUUGUGUUGGCAACGAGAGUAGCAUUUUCAAUUGUUCUCAUGGCGGGCUUGGGGUUCAUAACUGUAAUCAUUCCCAAGACGCUGGAGUAACAUGUUUCGGAGAGGAUGUCUGUAUUACUGGACUGUGUGAGACUAACAUAUUUCCAAAAGGUAAGAUGAGAAAUUAG